CUGAUGGGUGCUAGAUUUUCUGUUCCUGCCGACGAAGAUGAGAAAGCCGGUGCUAUAUUUUCCGAUGAAGCCAACGAUGAACGGGUUGAUUGGCGUAAGCUUCCGAAUGAUUUGAUGAUCGAAAUCAUUAAACGGUUGGAUGUAACUGAUCGUAUGAUGUUGUCCGGAGUAUGCAAGUCAUGGAGUCGGCUUGCCAUGCAGAAAAACAUUCCAGUCCAUCAAUUUCCAUUGUUGAUGCUCCCUCAUCACAUUAAUUGCACACAUAUUCGAUUCUUCGACGCCUGUCGAUCUUUAAUGUACCGAUAUAAUCUUCCUAAAUCUAUUGUUCGAAGAAAAGGAUGGUGUUUCGGUUCUUCAAAAGGCUGGCUAUUGAUUGCUACUAAAGAAAAAUAUAAUGAUGGACCUGAAAUUUCCAUGUUGAAUCCAGUUUCAGGACAAAUCAUUGAACUUCCUCCUAUCGACGAAUUCGAGGCUUCGUUCAGUUCUGUCAGAGAAUGUGUCACUGGAUUAGAACUGUUUUUCUUAUCUGAAGAUGAUUGUAUAGUUUCAGCAAUUUUUAACAAUAAGAUCUUGGCAAUUUGUCGAGCUGGGGACGAGGAUUGGACUACGGUUUCUGAAGCCGAAGACGGGGUCUUCAUUUACGACGACUUUUGUUUUUUCGACGGGAUCCUCUAUGUUUUACGUAUUUUUUACGGUAACGACGAGGAAGAAGACGACGACAUGGUUUUGCCUGUUAGUUUAGAAUUAUCAGAAUUUUGUGGAAUUACUAUUAAACCAAUUGAUGAUUAUCUUUUUCGCCAUAGGUUAGCCGUUGAAGUAGUUGAAGCCAAUGGGUUUAAUGUUUUUAAACAAACUGCCAUGUCUGUCUAUUUGGUACAAUGUGAUGGCGAACUGUUUAGGGUUGAUAGGAUUUUUGAUAUUUUUACGCAAGAUGACGACGAUGAUGAUGAAGAUGACGAUGACGAUGAUGCAUCAUUUGAUUAUAUGAAAACAACAAAAUUUGUGAUUUAUAAGAUAAAGGAUGGUAGAAUUAGUAGUGAUGAGUGUAAGUUGAAAAAUGAUCAAAUUAUAUUCUUGGACGGAGGAGCACCAUCUCUAUCUGUAAAGUAUUUUAAAGAAGGGGUAAAAGGAAAUUAUAUUUACUUUUUGGAUGAUCAUUGUGCCGAUCCGAGUAGCAAGAUUCUUCCAUUUGUAACUCAUGACUCCGGCAUUUGCUGUCUCGACGAUGAUGGCCGGAUUACACGGUGUUUUCCUACUGUCGACUUUCCAGAUCAUAUGAGUUGGUUUACCCCGCAAAUAAUUUAGACAUGCUAGUCCGUUUAAGUAAAGAAAAAUAAUAAUUUAUAAGAUAUCUUUGUUUUGUUCAAUUGGAAUCGGAUACAUGAAUGAAGUAUGAACUUUUGUCGAUUGGAUCUACCAAUAAUAUACGAUUCAUGA